CGGGUGAGCCCGCCCUCCCGGCCGCGGAUUGGCCCGCGACGGGACCCGUCGGUCGCGGUUGUGUCUGGGAAGGAGAGAAAAUGGCGGCGGAGCCGAGCAAGACCGAGAUCCAGACUCUCUUUAAGAGACUUCGCGCAGUACCUACCAACAAGGCCUGUUUCGACUGCGGCGCCAAGAACCCGAGCUGGGCCAGCAUCACGUAUGGCGUGUUCCUGUGCAUCGACUGCUCCGGGGUGCACCGCUCCCUGGGCGUCCAUCUCAGCUUCAUCAGGUCUACAGAGUUGGAUUCCAACUGGAACUGGUUCCAGCUGAGGUGUAUGCAGGUCGGCGGGAAUGCCAACGCAACGGCUUUUUUCCGCCAACAUGGAUGCACAGCCAGCGAUGCCAACACCAAAUAUAAUAGCCGAGCUGCCCAGAUGUACCGGGAGAAGAUCCGGCAGCUGGGGAGUGCAGCCCUGGCUAGGCAUGGCACGGAUCUCUGGAUCGACAAUAUGAACAGUGCUGCUAGUCAUUCCCCAGAGAAGAAGGACUCCGAUUUCUUCACAGAGCACACUCAACCCCCUGCCUGGGACACACCAGCCACUGAUUCUUCAGGGACCCAGGAGCCAGCCUCGUCUGCAGAAAGUGGUGGCCUGGCACAGCCAGAGCAUGGCCCCAACACCGACCUGCUUGGCUCCUCCCCCAAAGCCUCUCUGGAACUGAAAAGCUCCAUCAUUGGCAAGAAGAAGCCAGCAGCAGCAAAGAAAGGGCUGGGUGCCAAGAAAGGCCUUGGGGCCCAGAAGGUGAGCAGCCAGAGCUUCAGCGAGAUUGAGCGACAGGCCCAGGUGGCAGAGAAGCUCCGUGAACAGCAGGCAGCUGAUGCCAAGCAGCAGGCCGAGGAAUCCAUGGUUGCCUCCAUGCGCCUGGCCUACCAGGAGCUCCAGAUUGACCGGAAGAAAGAGGAGAAGAAGCUACAGAACCUGGAGGGGAAGAAGCGUGAGCAGGCCGAGAGGCUGGGCAUGGGCUUGGUGUCCCGAAGCUCUGUCUCCCACUCGGUGCUGUCGGAGAUGCAGGUGAUCGAGCAGGAAACCCCAGUGAGUGCAAAAUCCUCUCGCUCACAGCUGGACCUGUUUGACGACGUCGGUACUUUCGCCUCUGGGCCCCCAAAGUACAAGGACAACCCCUUUUCCUUGGGGGACAGUUUCAGUUCCCGCUGGGAUACAGAUGCCACCUGGGGCCUGGACAGGGUGGAGGAGAAGGAGCCAGAAGUGACCAUCUCCAGCAUCCGGCCUGUUUCAGAAAGGGCCACAAACCGGAGGGAAGUGGAAAGCCGGAGUUCAGGCCUCGAGUCCAGCGAAGCACGUCAGAAAUUUGCAGGAGCCAAAGCCAUCUCAUCUGACAUGUUCUUCGGAAGGGAGGUGGAUUCUGAGUACGAAGCCAGGUCUCGGCUCCAGCAGCUCUCAGGCAGCAGCGCCAACCUCUUUGGGGACGUGGAUGCAGCUCAUGGAGCAGGAAGCGUCUCUCUGGGGAACGUGCUCCCCACCGCUGACAUUGCCCAGUUUAAGCAGGGCGUCAAGUCUGUGGCUGGGAAGAUGGCCGUGCUGGCCAAUGGUGUGAUGAACUCUUUGCAGGAUCGCUAUGGUUCCUACUGAUCCGGCUCCGUGACUCAGGCAUAUCGCGGAGACAGCGGCAAGAGCCCCGUGAUUCUCAAGCCAGGGACGCCUGCCUCAUGGAAGCCGAGGAGUGGUUGCUUUCUGUGUGGUGUGAGUGGGUGGCCUUCGAGGACUGCGGUCGGGAGUGCCUGGUACCCGCCCUGUCCUCUGCCUGUGGAUCGAGCCCUUCUCUUCUCUCACACCCUCUCUGCGCGCUCGACUGUCCCCUAACCCUGCCCACAGCUGCUGCUCCCUGCCCUGCCACGUUGGGCCUGAGGGGUGGGAGCUGCCCCAGGGCAGCGUGUUCUGGGCCAGGCCUUCCCGGGGUAGGGAAAAGGAACAGUGUUUUAAGGCUUUUUUGCUGGCACUCGGAUCCUUGGGCCUGUCUUUGGGAACCACGUGGAGGCCUAGAAAGUUCUGCCAGAGACCAGCCCAUGGAAGGGAGGCUCUGCAUUUGCUGCUGUUCCCUGUGUGUGACCUCUUCUGGGUACCCCGAGGGUCAGGUGAGGGAAAGGACCUUCGUCUGGGUCUCACUAAGGGCUAGAGCCUUCCCCUGGUACCUAAAGGUCUCGGGGAUCAGGUGAAGCCUGUGCGUUCUGUCUCAUACCCCAGGAGGACUACGCCUGGGUGUCUUGGUCCUCCCAUACCACGUCCCCCUGGUGGAGACUCUGUCCCCUCUUCCUCUGGCCGGUGGCUGUGGUGGGUCUCAUGUGCCUGUGUUCUGACCCUGGAUGCUGCUGAUUGUUAGUUAUACUGGCCAAGGAAGUGGAGAACGCAAGGGACAGGCUGUGGGCUCCACUCCCUCCUCUGCAUCAUCCGGGGCUCGGGCAGCCUGGACAGUACCCCCAAUGAGAGCCUGAGGGGCUGCAGAGCUGUGGGCCACCCCUGUGGCAGCUGGGCCGUGCACUGUGUCACCCUUGGUGCCAUCCUUCCCUGCCAUGCUGGCAGUGAGGGCCCAGGCCCUGCCUCUGGUUGCGGGUUGGGCCCCCAAGCAACAGACCACUCUUCCCAUCCCUCCCCCAGAGGGACGGGACUGACUUUCUGGACUAUUUGUAUUGAAACAAAGUGGUGUCAAAAUAAAGCGCCCGUGGGGCCCUGGGCCCCGCCCGUC